UUGUGCCAUAUCUAAACAGGCGACUGAGACGGCUCGGACAACGAAAACGUCAUAGAACCCCUAGACAACCCACAAAAUCAAACGUGCAAUGGAUCAUUUAGUCGAUGAUGAUGUUGAUAUCAUCAGCUCGAUGCCUCAUGAGAUCCUUCACCGUAUUCUCUCGUUUAUUCCAAUUAAGUUAGCGAUCAGAACUUCCGCCUUGUCUAGAGGAUGGAGGCAUGUAUGGUGCGAGACACCUUGUCUCGACUUUGAUAAUCUCAACUAUUAUAGAGAGAAGCCGACGGCCCGAGAGAUAAACCAAACCCUAAGUUUUUACAGGGCUCUGAAAAUCACGAGUUUCAAGUUUCCUAUCCCCCGAUAUGCCCUUGGCCCCGACAUUGAUAGCUGGAUCGAGUUUGCUGUGUCCCGUAAUGUGGAGAAGUUGAAUCUGGUCUUCCUUGGUUAUUCGAGUUACAAAUAUGAUUUCCAAAAGAUUUUCUAUCUCAGUUCCUCUUUAACGGAGCUCUUCAUUCAAGAUUUUGAUGCCUUCCGCGAAUGCACAGUAGUGUCUUGGAAAUCCCUAAGGAAGUUGACAUUGUGGGGCUGUAGUUUCACCGAUGAUGGAUCUCUUCGUAAUAUUCUCUCUGGCUCUCCCAUUCUCGAAACCUUGGAAUUGGAUUACUCUGCAGGACCUCAGCGUCUUGAUCUGAGUAAAUCGCAUAGUUUGAGGAGACUAGAGAUUCGAGGACCAACCGAGAUUGUAGCUCCCCACGUCCAUUAUUUGAGUUUGGAAACCUCCAGUGAAGGACCAUCAUGUACUUUAGAAGAUGUUUCUUCGUUGACCGAAGCUCGCUUUCACAUUAUCAUGAACGACUUGUCCUGUCCUUUGAAGCUUGAUAUUCUUCAACCAAUGGUGCUAAAAUUGUUUGCAAAAUUACAAAACGUUAAGAGGCUUACCUUUACCGGACCCGUUCUUCAGAUUCUGUCUCUCGCCGAGCUCCAUGGUAUUCAUUAUCCAACGUUCAAGGUUGAAACUUUGACUGUUGAAACAAGGCUUACAAGAUCUGUUAUUCCUGGUUUAGCAAUGUUACUACAAAAUUCACCUCAACUAAAAAGUCUAAAAGCAAGCCCGUCAUGCUUAAUCGACAUAGAGAACAGAGAUCUGUACCGCUGUUUGGAGUCACAAGGUUUAAAUCCGGAUCAAUGUUGGAGAUCAAAAUAUGAGGCGUUUCCUACCUCAGAUGAGUUUUUUAGAAUGAUAAGUUAUCACCGUAAGGAUGAAACGUGGAAACUCAUGGUUUUGUUCAUGGAAAUGGUAAUGAAAAACGUAAAAACGCUAGAGACUUUGGUUGUAGAGUGGAAAUAUAUUGAAAGCAUCGUUAGUCAUGAAAGUUGGUUUGAAGAGUACUUUCUUCAGAUGCUUCCAACACUUUCUAACAACAAUAAUGUUUUCAUUGUGUUCAAACGCUAAUAAGUAUUUUUACCGGUGUUUUAUUUGGUUUUAAUAAUAUAAAACAUAUU